AUGACCGCUCUUUCCUACACCACUUCCAAAGACAGGAUUUCUGUCGAUCUCGACGGAAUAGUGUCGGCCUUCCACUAUAUCUGGUUACGGGACAACUGCCACUGUGAGAAGUGCUUCUUUGAUACUACCAAGCAGCGCUUGCUUAUUUCGGCCAACAUUCCUGAAGACAUUCAUGCCAUUGACGUUCAGGCUUCGAAUGAUUCCAUCUCCAUCACUUGGAGCCAGGAUGAUCAUGUGUCUGUUUACGACAAAAAUUGGUUGACCUUGCACGCCUACAACCCGCCAAUUGUUGCUCGUGAGGAUAAGGUUGCUGGUGAAAAGACUGUGUUGGCCAGAAAGUACUGGAAAACUGCUGAUAUCAAGGGAAACAUGCCUACGGUGGACUUCAACACAAUCAUGGCAUCCGAUGAUGAUACAGAUGGCGAGGAGGCCAUCCGUGACUGGUGCUUGAAGACAUGGAAGUACGGAUUUACCCUCAUUGACAAUGUUCCUGUGACUCCAGAAGAUACCGAAAAACUUUGUGAAAAGCUCAUGUACAUCCGUCCAACUCACUAUGGAGGUUUCUGGGACUUCACUCUGGACUUGGGCAAGAAAGACACUGCUUACACGACCUUCGAUAUCUCGUCACACACGGAUGGAACCUACUGGUCUGAUACUCCCGGUUUACAGUUGUUCCACCUUUUGUCUCAUGAGGGAACUGGAGGAACAACUUCGUUAGUAGAUGCCUUCCAAUGUGCGGAGCAAUUGAAGAAGAUCGACCCGGAGAGUUUUGAUCUUUUGACCAAAACACCUAUCCCAGCCCAUUCUGCCGGAGAGGAGAAGGUUUGCAUCCAACCAGACAUUCCCCAGCCCGUGUUCAAAUUGGACUUGGAAGGUAACUUGAUCCAAGUGCGUUGGAACCAAAGCGACAGGUCGUGUAUGGACUCCUGGACCAACCCUGAAGAUGUGCCUAAGUUCUACAAAGCCAUUCGUCUGUGGUACAGUAUCAUCACCGACCCAGAGAACGAGAUCUUCUACCAGUUGAAGCCAGGCCAGUGUUUGAUCUUCGACAACUGGAGAUGUUUCCACUCACGGACAGAAUUUACAGGUAAGAGAAGACUUUGUGGGGCUUAUAUCAACAGAGACGAUUUUGUCUCCAGAUUGAAGUUGUUGAACUUGGGUCGCCAGGCUGUAUUGGAUCUGAUUUAG